AUGCGGCUUUGUCAGGUCGGCCUGAGUCCGGCAGGAAGAUUCAUGUUGCUUGUGCCAGCACUGCUGGGGGGCUGGGCGUUCAAAGCGGACCACGAGGAAGAUUUGGAAGACCCCACGCUGCCGCAGUUCCCCGCCACCCGGCAUCACCUUCCAAAGACCAAUAUCGAGGAGAAGAUUCUUCUAGCGGAAUACCUCUUCGACGAGGGUGAGGAGUCGCAUGGGCCCUAUGCGUGGAUUGAGCACCAGUGGGCCCAGUCAAUAAUAGCUGCCGUCAUCGUCCUCAAUGCCGCGCUGUUCGGCCUGGAAACCGACAUUCAGUCACCCAUUUGGGUCUGGGUGGAGCAUGCCAUCCUCAUCAUUUUCGCUGGGGAGUCGCCGCCUUGGCUCCAGCUCCGGGCACGUGGCACUUGCGAGCUGCAGGCAACUGGUGCGCUUGGCCCGCCCGCCUCUGAGCGAGAGCCAGACAGGCGAUAA